AUGGUCGAAGAAGAUAUUUCAAAGAUUGCUUUUCGUACACUGUUUGGGUUAUACAAGUUCUUAGCGAUAUCGUUUGGUUUGAACAAUGUUUCAACAAUUUUCGAUCGGAUGAUGGACAAGGGUUCUUGCGGGAUUUUGGAGCGCAGUGACGUGAUGGAGUCGGAGAAAUUCGCCUUCCAGGCAGAGAUCAAUCAGCUGCUCAGCCUCAUCGUCAACACAUUCUACAGCAACAAGGAGAUUUUCUUGCGGGAGGUGAUCAGCAAUGCCUCGGACGCGCUGGAUAAGAUUCGCUACCAAUCGCUCAUCGAUAAGAACAAGCUCAAGGACGAGCCGGAACUUUUCAUUCACAUUGUUCCGGACAAGGCAAACAAAACCCUGUCGAUCGUCGACAGUGGGAUUGGAUUGACAAAAUACGAGCUUGUCCACAAUCUGGGAACGAUUGCAAAAUCCGGGACAAGAGACUUUGCUGCUGCUUUGGCUGCCGGAGCAGCGGACAUAUCGCUCAUCGGACAGUUUGGUGUUGGAUUUUACUCGGCUUUCCUGGUUGCCAACAGCGUCACUGUGGUAAGCAAGCACACUGACGACCAGCAGUAUGUCUGGCAAUCCGAAGCGGGAGGUUCUUUUACCGUGUCAAAGGACACUUCGAAAGAGAAACUUAGCCGUGGCACCAAAGUUAUUUUGCAUCUCAAAGACGACCAGCUGGAAUAUCUCGAAGAGAGGAGGCUGAGUGAUCUUAUCAAGAAACACUCAGAAUUCAUCAACUAUCCGAUUUCUCUAUGGACUUCGAAGGCCUCUGGAACUUCAGGUUCCCAGAAAGGGAAGGGGAAGGAGGACACUCACGAGUGGAAAAUCGUGAAUAAUCAGAGGCCGAUUUGGAUGAGAAAUCCCGCGGAGAUUACUCACCAGGAGUACGCUAGCUUCUACAAGAUCCUCACAAACGACUGGGAGGAUCACUUGGCUGUCAAACACUUCUCAGUGGAGGGGCAGCUACAGUUCAAGGCAGUGCUCUACAUUCCGAAGCGAGCACCUUUCGACGUUUUCAAUCCGAAGAAGAGACUGAACAAUAUCAAGCUUUACGUUCGAAGAGUGUUCAUUAUGGACGAUUGCGAGGAGCUGAUCCCAGAGUACCUUGGAUUUGUCCGAGGCAUUGUCGAUUCGGAGGACUUGCCACUGAACAUCUCCCGGGAAAUGCUACAGCAGAACAAGAUUCUUAAAGUGGUCAAGAAGAACCUGACAAGGAAGUGCUUGGAGCUCUUUGCAGAGCUUGCCGAGAACAAGGAGCAGUACCGCAAGUUCUACGACGUCUACUCCAAACAUAUCAAGCUUGCUAUCCACGAGGACUUUCAGAACCGAGCGAAGCUGGCCGAGCUCCUGCGAUAUUACUCGACCAAGAGCGGGGACGAGUUGACCAGCUUGAGAGACUACGUGACUCGAAUGAGGCCCGGGCAGAAGGAGAUAUAUUACAUCACGGGAGAGAGCAAGACCGCCGUGCAAAACUCUCCGUUCCUGGAGAAGCUGAAGAAGAAGGGGCACGAGAUCAUCUUCAUGGUUGAUGCUAUAGACGAGUACGCCGUUAACCAACUUAAGGAAUACGACGGCAAAAGGCUGGUCUCUAUCACCAAGGAGGGCCUCAUGAUGGAAGAGACUGAGGAGGACAAGAAAGCCAAGGAGCAAAAGAAAGCACAGUACGAGCGCCUAUGUAAAGUUAUGAAGAACAUACUUGGAGAAGAGGUGGAGAGAGUAGUCGUCUCCGACCGCAUCGUGAGCUCUCCAUGUUGCCUUGUGACGGGCGAAUACGGGUGGACAGCAAACAUGGAACGUAUCAUGAAGGCGCAAGCCUUACGAGAUGCGAGCAUGUCCAACUACAUGACCAGCAAGAAGACGCUGGAAAUCAAUACCGACAACUCGAUCAUGAACGCGCUGAGGAUCAGAGCAGACAGAAACGAGAAGGAUACUGCAGUGAGGGACGUGGUGCUACUGCUUUUUGAGACGACGCUCUUGACAUCUGGAUUCAGCCUUGAAGAUCCAACUGCAUUUGGAGCCAGAAUCAGUCGCAUGCUAAAGCUGGGACUCAACCUUCACGAUGCGACGACAGUUCCUGAGAAGCGUGCCGAGCAUGCUCCUAGUGGAAGCAGCAGCCACAAAAUGGAGGAGGUCGACUAAGAAAAAUUACGGGUCAGUGUCUGCAGGACAAAGAAUAAGCUACACUGUUAUUACGUGGUUACUACAUCGACUUGAGUCACUCCAAGUCUGGUUCGCUUGAACGGGUGCGGUUCUAUCUCCGACUACUGGUGCUUAUUCUUCGUUCUCUUUAUGGUCGUCUCCAGGAACUUGUCCUCCCUGUAAGCGAAGUACAUCGACAGA